AUAUAAUCUGCCAUUAUUCAUGGAUAUCAAUAACAGCGGCUUGUUAUUUUUACACUACUGUCAGCUUUGAAAUUUUUUCAUGUUGAUUAUUUACAUUUUACUUUUUAACAAGAAAUGAAAAAAACUUAUACUGCUCGAAGAACUGGUGGAAAAGUUUCAUCAGUGGUUAACAGACCAGUUUAUGAAAUAGAUGAUUUAAAUGAAGAAUUUCAAUAUGAAGUUCCGCAUAAAACAAUUAAAGAAAGAUGUGUUGAAGCAUGGCAAGGAAUUAAUUAUAUUGAAUGUCUAAAAAGGACUUUCCCGAUAGUAGUUUGGAUGCAGGAAUAUCAUUGGCCGCGUGAUUUGAUAUCUGAUGUUAUUAGUGGCAUAACAAUAGCUAUUUUACACAUACCUCAGGGUAUGGGUUUUGCUAUGUUAGGACAUGUACCACCAGUAAUUGGAAUAUACAUGGGAAUAUUUCCAGUUUUAAUAUACUUUAUUUUAGGCACCUCCAAGCACGUCAAUCAAGGUACUUUUGCUAUUGUAUGUCUCAUGACUGGAAAAGUAGUUAGUCAAUAUGCUACCGUUACUGUAAAAGAAGCUAAAGAUGCCCAUGAACCAGAAGAGGGAUAUACAAAUAUUCAAAUUGGUGCAGCAGUUACUUUUGUUGUAGCUAUCAUCGAAAUAAUUAUGUACAUCUGUAGACUUGGUAUAACUUCGUCAUUGUUAUCUGAAAGUUUGGUUAGCGGUUUUACAUGUGGGACUGCAUUUCACGGUGUUAAUUCCCAACUUAAAGACAUUCUGGGAGUCCCCAUUGGAUCACAGUUGGGAAUCUUCUCAAUUCCUUUGACAUUAUACGAUAUUGGAAAAAAUAUACAUAAAGCAAAUUACGUUGCAAUACUCAUGUCCAUAUGCACUUUUGCUGUAAUAAUACUAAACAACAAAUUUCUGAAGCCACGAUGGAAGAAAUUAACUCGCAUUCCAUUGCCUAUAGAACUGAUUCUAAUGUUAUUGGGAAUAUUUGUUGUUGAUGUACUUCGUUUGGAAAGAAACCACGAUGUCAAAGUUAUUGGUCACAUCCCAAAAGGUUUUCCAAAACCAUCAGCUCCACCAUUCGCUAUUAUGCCAAAAAUAUUUGUUGAGUGUAUAUUUAUAGCGUUGGUGUCUUAUAUUAGCAAUAUGUCGAUGGCUCUAAUAUUUUCUAGAGAGUUUAUGUAUGAAAUUGAUGGUAAUCAAGAGUUACUGGCAUUAGGUAUGAGCAACGUCCUAGGAGCAUUUCUUUCAUGUUUGCCCAUGUGCGUAUCGUUAUCAAGAAGUAUAAUACAAGUGCACACUGGCGGCGUUACUCAGAUAGUUUCAGUAGUAUCUGCCUUUCUUUUAGUUUUUGUUUUAUUGUGGUUUGCACCAUUUUUUGAAACUUUACCAAGGUGCGUCUUAGCCAGUAUUGUUGUUGAGUCAAUAAAAGGAUUAACAUUCCAAGUUGCUCAUAUUCCAAGAUUUUGGCGAUUAAGCAAAUGGGAUGCUCUGGUCUGGAUAGUUUCAUUUUUAGUUACAUUUUUUAUUUCUAUUACCAUUGGAUUGAUAGCUGGAAUUGCUGCUGCAAUUUUUAGUUUAUGUAUGCAAGGAUAUCGUACACAUACCUCUAUUUUGGGACUUGUGCCCAAUACAGACCUGUAUUUAGAUAUCGAGAGAUAUAAAUUGGCACAAGAAAUUGAUGAAAUUAAAAUUUUCCGUAUAGCAGGCGGUUUAAGCUUUUCGUCAAGAUUCUAUUUUAACGAAAGACUUAUCAAAGCAACAGGCAUCGAUCCGACCAAAAUUUUUAAAAGAAGAUUGUGGCUCGCAAAGAAAGGCCUUCCACCAGAAGAACAAGAAUUUGAAUAUAAGUGGAUAAUCCUUGAUUUCUCUAGACUCACUUUUAUUGAUCCAUGUGCGAUAGCGACUCUGAGAACUUUGCAAACAGAUUAUGGCAAGCUAGAUAUUACAAUUUUACUUGUAAUAAAUUCAGGUACUGUAUUUGAAACACUUAUCAGAUGGAAAAAAGUGGAAAAGAAAGAACGAAUUUUCAUAAUUUUCCCCACAGUCCAUGAUGCAGUGCUCUAUGCUCUCGGAGCUGGCAUAUUUGGCAAGCCUGCAACAGAACCGUAUAAACGAGUACAGGACGUUAAACUUGGCAGAUCAAUCCACCAUAUAAGAUCAAUGCACCAUAUAUGAAAUUUGUAUCGUUCAUUUAUAUGCAGAUAUACAAUGGGGUGUUCCGAAAAGACCAAGUUUAAAAAUGUCGAUUUCUCCGGCUCUUUUCUAAUGAUAGAAGCCUAUAAACUCUCAAUUUUAAAUUUCAGCCCAAAAUGUUAACCCUAACCCUUGUCCCAAGUACCCCCAAAAAUUUUUUUGGGGAUUUCAAAGAUUUUUAAUUAUUUUUAGUCUAUACCUUUUUGUAAGAAAUCAAACAAGUAAACUCACUUUUAAGCUUUAUUUUAAUAUCUCCAGAAAAAAAAGUCAUAGGCCAUGUUAACAAGUUAAAUAUGGGGAUUAAAAUAUAAUAAAUGUUACCCAUUUUUCACGUUUGUUGGUCUUUCUCAAGAUAUUUUGAGUACCAUGAAAAUUAUUCUCGUUAAAAAAAAACAACAUAUUUUUCUAACUAAUUAUACAUCUGAAUAUAAAGGAAUACUCAAAGAUAUUACAAAUUAAUUUAAAUAAUGGAGAAUAGUAAAUAUAUCAGUAAAAGUUUGUUUAAAGAUUAAUAAAAGUUGCCUUUCUGGAAUCGGUAAAACACUUUCUGUGGUUUUAAGUAGGUAUGUGUAACACACUUUGCUUGAUUUUUUCAUUUCGGACAUUCCAUUGCCCCUCACAAAAGAUGACAAAAGGAAGAACAGUGUGUUACAAGUAGUGGAAAACCACAGAAAGUGUUCUACCGAUUUCAGAAAGGCAACUUUGAUUAAUCUUUAAACAAACUUUUACUAAUGUAGGAUGUAGGUAGUUACUUUUUUUACUGUAGUUUACUGUAGUUUACUGAUUUUCCAUUUAAUUCAAUUUGUAACAGCUUUGUGAAUUACUUCAUAUCCAAAUGUAUAAUUAGUUAGAAACAUGUGUUGUUUUUUAACGAGAAUAAUGUUCAGUUAGGUACUCAAGAUAUCUUGAGAAAGGCUAGGUAAUAAACGUGAAAAUGGGCAAUCUUUAUAUUUUAAUCCCCAUAUUAAACUUGUUAUUAUAGCCUAUGAUUUUUUUUUCUGAACAUAUAGGUAAGUAAUGUAAAAUAAAAUUUAAAACUAAUAUAAGUUUACUUGUUUGUUUUCUUUAAAAAAAUUUUUGGGGGGCUUGGGACAAGGGUUGUGGCUAACAGUUUGAGCUAAAAUUUGAAAUUGAGGGUUUAGAGGCCCAUCACCAGAAAACAGCCGGGUAACGUUUGACAUUUUUAAACUUUUGUUUUUUCGGAACUCCCUAAUAUACAAUUAUUAUACCUAAAUAGUUCAUACAUAUUAUUCAAAUGAAUAAUAAAUUAUAAUCUUAGUUCUACAGCUUCAAAAGAAUUGAUCUUGUGCAAUUUUCUUGGAUAUUUUAAAUCAUUUGACAAUAAAUAUAUAAAUGGUCCUUA